UGUCAUUUCAAUUUUAUCCGAAAAAUGGCCUCAUCUUUCAGUUGGGAUUGGGGACCGGCGUUUCCAACGGAAGGCAUUUGGAAACCCAUUGGAAUCGAAGCCUUCGAUAAACUCGUGAUUAGAGACAUAACAGUCGAGACAACUCCUGACCAGAAAAACAACUCUUUCUGGGAUUUAACGGUUCAUAUAAAGAUGGAGUCAGCGCCCAAUCAAGAGUUUGAGGGCAUAUUUGACAUCAAAUUAGAUAAUAAUGUUAUUAUAAACAAAGACAAACUUAAAUUUAAAACCGAUGAGCAGGGAUAUGCUGGCGUGGCCUUUAUAAUCCUUCUCCGUGACAUCAAAAUCACGCCCUGGUAUCCAAACGGAGUGGCAGACAAUACACAGAAGUUAAAAUUGGUUUCCGAACCAUAA